CUACAAUGUAUAUUUGUGAAAGACCAAAAAUCGAAUGUUUUGUUGUCAUGGAUUUUUACGAUUUAGCCCAUUUUGACUUUGUGAGAAUUUGCUCUAACAAAGAUUUUGUUCUCGCGCUUUGUCAAGGGGCUUCCCUAUCCAGAAGUGCGCACACGUAGAUAUCCCUGCGCACCAUUAUUGAUCAGUGAGACGUGAUUGGGGUAGAUGGAUUGCCAUGUAUAUAAAAAGCAGUCUGCUUUAAGUUCUGUAACAGAGGGUCUGCUGUGGGUCUAUUGGACAUCAUGCUGCUGACUGUGCAGCUUAGGCAUAUGUUUAGCUGUUUAACUAGGCCUAUCUUGAAAAGUUGAUUCAGCUAAUACUUGUUUCGUCAUACAUACCCUUCACUCAGUGACCAACCAAAAUGGCUAUCCCCUCCCCUCCAUUUCACGCGUAAAUUACCGGAGUGAAUGAAACGACAAUGAAUACAAUAUGCGUAGUAUGAGCAACCCCAUCGGCGUCAUGAGGAAGAAAGUGACGGACGACAGAGAGCGGCGGAGUCUCAUCAGAGCGCCGUCUGAAUCGAGCACCAACAACCCUGGCGUCACCGUCACCUCUGCCGCCGGCGAACCGGAGCUGGCCACCGACCAGGAUGUUACACCGGUAUUCGUGUACGUCUUGGCGUUUUUUUCUGCCCUGGGUGGCUUCCUUUUUGGCUAUGACACCGGGGUGGUCUCUGGGGCUAUGCUUCUCCUGAAAAAAGAAAUGCAUUUGACCGCUCUAUGGCAGGAGUUGUUGGUCUCCAGUACUGUGGGUGCAGCGGCGCUCUCUGCCCUGGCUGGCGGGACUCUGAAUGGGCUCUUCGGGCGCAGGAUCUGCAUACUAAUAGCCAGCUUCAUUUUUACUGCUGGAGGAGUUGUGUUAGGUGCUGCUCCAAACAAGGAGGUUCUUCUUGUCGGAAGGAUUACAGUUGGUUUGGGAAUAGGGAUUGCCUCCAUGACGGUUCCUGUUUACCUUGCGGAGGUCUCCCCACCACACCUGAGGGGUCAGCUGGUCACCACUUACACCCUCUUCAUCACAGCCGGACAGUUUAUUGCCAGUGUUGUGGACGGGGCCUUUACUUACCUGCACCACAAUGGCUGGAGGUACAUGUUGGGUCUGUCCAUUGUCCCUGCGGUGCUCCAGUUCUUUGGUUUCCUAUUCCUGCCAGAGAGUCCCCGCUGGCUCCUUCAGAAGGGCCUUACCCAGCAGGCCAGGCAGGUGCUCAGCAGGAUCCGCGGGGGUCAGAACAUUGAAAAGGAGUAUGACAGCAUGAGGACCAACAUCGAGGAUGAGGAGAAGGAUGCAGGAGGUGGCCUAGUAUUGUGGCGCAUGCUGACUCGCCCUCCCACCCGCAGAGCCCUGAUCGUAGGCUGCGGCCUGCAGAUGUUCCAACAGCUCUCUGGGAUCAACACUGUCAUGUACUACAGCGCCACCAUCCUACAGAUGGCGGGAGUGAGGGACGACAAGCAGGCCAUCUGGUUGGCUUCCGCCACCGCCGCCACCAACUUCCUGUUCACCCUGGUGGGGGUGUGGCUUGUGGAAAGAGUCGGACGCAGGAAGCUUACGCUGGGGAGCUUAAUGGGUACUGCUUUGAGUCUGACGGUCUUGGCUAUAGGGUUCCUGUUAUCGGCCCAGCACUCCCCUGCAGUCACUCUCCACCCCACUGACACCUCUCUCAACUCCACCUCCUGCACACUAUAUGGGUCCUGUCAGCCCUGCAUGUUGGAUCCUGACUGUGGGUUCUGUUACCGUGAGAACGGUUCCACUGUAUACAACUCUUCCUGCAUACCUGUCAAUCAAACAUCGACCGAUGAAGCCGCCUGGGGCAGGUGUUCCAAUCCCAGCCAGGUCAGUGAUGGGUCUCUCUGGGCUUAUAACUACUGCCCCACUUCCUACUCCUGGAUAGUGCUGCUUGGGCUCAUCCUCUACCUGGCUUUCUUUGCUCCAGGUAUGGGGCCCAUGCCGUGGACAGUGAACAGUGAGAUCUACCCUCUGUGGGCCAGGAGCACUGGGAACGCCUGUUCAGCCGGAGUCAACUGGAUCUGUAACGUCCUGGUGUCACUCACCUUCCUCCACGUCGCUGAGUACCUCACCUACUAUGGUGCAUUCUUCCUCUACUCAGGCCUGAGUGUUCUGGGGCUGCUGUUUGUGAUGGGCUGUCUGCCAGAGACCCAGGGCCGCAGGCUGGAGGAGAUGGAGGCCCUGUUCUCCGGAAACCUCUGCUCCUGCAGUGUGUCUGACGGGGAUGGGGACGGAUCCAGAAACAUCCUGUACAACAGGGUAAAAGGGAGCGACAUCCUCUCAGACAAUGAUGCCUCGGACAUGGAGUAGACGUGGCGCGUCAAGGAACCUCUCUCUCUUACACCUUCAUGUCUUUUGAUUGGUGGAUUUACAGGCAAUGGUGUUAAACUCACUUGACUGGGCCUUUAGCAUAUAGCAGCUCUCCUAACUGGCUGGUGGACGAGACUUCAACUCUCCUAACUGGCUGGUGGACGAGACUUCAACUCUCUUAACUGGCUGGUGGACGAGACUAAUUUUCUAGCCCCAUGGAGAGAGUUCAGCCAAGUGCACUAUGGAGUUAAAGCGUAGCAUAUAUAUAUAUAUUUGAUAUAUAUAUAUAUAUUAUAUCAGUGAGUAUAUCAAAGCAGUAAACAUCACUGGAAUAUAACAUUACUAUUAUAAUAGUAUAGUAGUGUAUUCAUUUCCAAUGCUUAUAAAGUCCCACAAAUGUGUAGUAAUGCAUUUGUUUCUGUCCUUGGAUUUGGUCAUUUCUUUAGCUCCAGUAGUAGUAAGGUGGUACUAUCUGGAGAUGUGUGGCUUCUCAGCCAGGACCAAAGUUUUUUAAUUUUUUAUUGGCACACUAGCCUUAAUUUGUUUGAAUAUUUUGAUGACAUUACUAUAUUUAUUAAUCCUUUGCUACAGAUUGCACAUUGAUAAACCUAAUGAAAUUAACCUUUCCUUUCAGAAGUUUCGGGAUUCUUUUUUUGCCUUGCAUUCAAAUCAAUCAAAGUGCACAUGAUCAAAUGCAGUCCUGUGGUGUUCCACGUGCUUGUCUUGGUGGAUUAUCAUGUCUGCUUGUCUUGGUGGAUUAUCAUGUCUGCUUGUCUUGGUGGAUUAUCAUGUCUGCUUGUCUUGGUGGAUUAUCAUGUCUGCUUGUCUUGGUGGAUUAUCAUGUCUGCUUGUCUUUGGAUUAUCAUGUCUGCUUGUCUUGGUGGAUUAUCAUGUCUGCUUGUCUUGGUGGAUUAUUAUGUCUUGGUGGAUUAUCAUGUCUGCUUGUCUUUUGGAUUAUCAUGUCUGCUUGUCUUGGUGGAUUAUUAUGUCUUGGUGGAUUAUCAUGUCUGCUUGUUUUUGGAUUAUCAUGUCUGGGUGGAUUAUUAUGUCUGCUUGUUUUGGUGGAUUAUUAUGUCUGCUUGUUUUGGUGGAUGAUCGUGUCUGCUUGUUUUGGUGGAUGAUCGUGUCUGCUUGUCUUGGUGGAUUAUCAUGUCUGCUUGUCUUGGUGGAUUAUCAUGUCUGCUUGUCUUGGUGGAUUAUCAUGUCUGCUUGUCUUGGUGGAUUAUUAUGUCUGCUUGUCUUGGUGGAUUAUUAUGUCUGCUUGUUUCAUACCUACUGUAUUUAUACAAAUUAAAGCCUACAUGCAUUUUUUGUAGGUUGGCAUGGCAA